GGGUAUCGGCCGCGCCCGAAUUCUCAAAGUUCAGUACACACGAGAGAACGGAGGAGGAGAGACACGAAAAUGGCGUUGGAGCUAAUCGUCAAGCUCCUUUUCGCGGCUUUUUGCUGCGUUUCCGCGACAAGCCAUGAAAACGAGACAUUAGUAUUAAAUCCUCCAUAUUUCAACAUUGCCCGUGGACGAGAAAUCGAAGCCACUGCGACCUGCGGUGAAGGGUUUGCCACGCCCGGAGAACAGGGGGAACUUUACUGCAAACUUACUGGAAACACGGCGGACAUCUACAGACCCGGCGAACAUGUUAUCAUCCAAGGGCAGUAUUGUGAUAACUGUGACCCCAGCGACCCAGCAAAGGCUCAUCCCAUUGAAUAUGCUAUCGACGGGACGGAAAAAUGGUGGCAGAGCCCUCCGCUUUCCAGAGGAAUGAGCUACAACGAAGUCAAUGUCACCAUCAGUUUGGGCCAGCUGUACCAGGUUGCCUAUGUCCUGAUCAAGUUUGCCAACUCACCCCGACCGGGAAUGUUCGUCCUUGAGCGAUCCCGCGAUUACGGGGAGACUUACGAACCGUGGCAGUACUUCGCCGAGACCCCCAGUGACUGUCAGUCGGAAUUUGGUAUGCAGUCUCUUGAAGAGAUUCAAAAUGAUGAUGACGUGAUCUGUACGGCCGGAUACUCUGAUAUUGUUCCUUUGGAAGAUGGAGAGAUCGUGGUUUCUCUGGUGAACAACCGUCCAGGAGCACCCCAUUCCUCUACUCUCCAGGAGUGGAUCACGGCCACCCACAUCCGCAUCAGGCUUCUCCGAACCAACACGCUCCUUGGUCAUCUUAUGGCCGUCGCCCGCCAAGACCCCACCAUCACCCGAAGGUACUUCUACAGUAUCAAAGACAUCACCAUUGGUGGGCGCUGUGCAUGUAACGGCCAUGCCACCUACUGUGACCUGCCGGCCAAUGACGGUAGCAACAAGCAGGUGUGUCGCUGUGAGCACAACACCUGCGGGUCGGAGUGCGAGACGUGCUGUCCCGGUUACGUGCAGAAGGCCUGGAGGACGUCUUCCUACAGCAACCCCUUCGUAUGUGAACGUUGCAACUGCCACAGCCACUCCAACGAGUGCAUCUACGACGAGGAGGUCGCCCUCUCCAGGGGAUCCAUGGACAUCAACGGUAACAUGGAAGGCGGCGGAGUCUGCCAGAACUGCCAGCACAACACCAUGGGCGUCAACUGCCAUCUUUGUAAGCCCGGUUUCUUCAGGCCUGAGGGCAGGAAGCAGUCGGACUACGACGUCUGCCAACCCUGCAUGUGUGACCCCAUCCUGUCUACUGGAAACUGUGCACCUCUGACCGGUCAGUGCGAGUGCAAACCGGAAUAUGCCGGUCCCGACUGCACCGAGUGUAAUGAGGGAUACUACGGCUACCCCUACUGCAGACCCUGUGACUGUAAUGUGAACGGUACAGAGAACAAAGUAUGCCAGGUCAACGGAGGUCAGUGCCCCUGUAAGCCUAACUUCACAGGACGAAACUGCAAUCUGUGCGCCCUCAGCUACUAUGGAUUCCCAGAAUGCCAACGAUGUGACUGCAACACCAUUGGUUCAUACGACAUCGUCUGCGACUCCGAGAAUGGACAGUGUUCAUGCCGUGAGAUCUACGAUGGACGUUCCUGCGAUCGUUGUCGUGACGGACAUUACAACUUUCCAACUUGCAACGAUUGUAGCUGCAGCCAGUUCGGUACCGAGGACGAGAUCUGCAACAAGACCAAUGGUGAAUGCCUCUGCCGGGAGAACUUUGGUGGUGAUAGGUGCGACAGGUGCGCUCUGGGAUACUACAACUACCCAGAAUGCUUGCCAUGUGAAUGUGACUUGACUGGCUCUUUCAAUGGUCAGUGUGAUGAUUCUGGACAGUGCCCUUGCGAGAGCAACUUUGGUGGACUCAAGUGUGACCAGUGCUCUGCCGGAUACUACAAGUACCCUGCCUGUGAACCAUGCAACUGUGAUCGCUACGGCUCCUUCAACGUCCUGUGCGACCAGGUCAGUGGUCAGUGCUCCUGCCGUCCCAACUUCCAGGGUAGGAUGUGCCAACAGUGCGGUGAUGGAUUCUAUAACUACCCUAACUGUGAAGAAUGCAACUGCGACCCUGCCGGCGUCAUUGACGUUCCAGGCCAGCCUCUGGGAGGAUGCGGAUCCGCCACCGGGGGUGCAUGCUUGUGUAAGGACAAUGUGAUGGGGCGCACCUGCGACACCUGUAAACCCUUAUACUGGAACCUUGAGAUCAGCAACCCCUACGGCUGCGAGGACUGCAACUGCAACCUAGCUGGAACUGUUGGAGGAAUGGCCAUCUGUGACAUUGCCCAUGCGCCGUGGCACAAGAGUACUGGUCAGUGUUACUGCAAGGGUCAAGUCACUGGACGUACCUGCGAUGAAUGCCGCGAUGGCACCUACCUCCUAGAUGCCAGCAACCCCAUCGGUUGCCAAGACUGUAACUGCGAUGUUGGAGGAUCUGUGCAUGCCGCUUGCAACAAACAAACUGGACAGUGUGUGUGUAGGCCUAGGGUGACCGGAGUCAGAUGUGACAUGCCUGAAGCCAAUCACUUUGUACCGGACCUUCACCAGAUGAAGUUUGAGGCCGAGGAUGGGUACACUCCCAAUGGCCGUCGCGUCCGCUUCGGUUACGAUGGGUUUGAGUUCCCAGGCUUCUCUUACCUUGGCUAUGCCAUCAUGUCUGCUAUACAGCCUGAAAUCCGUAUUCCAGUCACUGUUGAAUCCCCAAGCAUCUACCGAAUCAUCCUGCGUUACUACUACCCCAACGCUGGUGGACCAACCCGAGGCAGGAUGACUGUUACACCUGCUGACCCAUCACAAGUUCAAGCCUCUGAGCAGAGCAGCGGUAUCAUCUUCGUCAGCACGGUCAAUCCUCAGUUCGUGACUGUCGAGGGUAGCGGAGUCAUCAAACCUUUUGUGCUGAAUCCCGGCUCGUGGGUUGUCGCCAUCGAGGCUCCAGAGGGCAUCCUCAUCGAUUAUGUUGUUCUUCUUCCAUCUGACUUCUACGAGGCAACCAUUCUUCAAGAGCAUACGACCGAGCCUUGCAUCGUCGGUACUCCUCAGCAAAGAUGUAACUUCUAUGUCUUUCCCGAGGUGGACCAGUUCUACGUAGCUCCUGGUGUUGACGGCUAUUCAGUCGAUGGUGGCGGAGGACGCUACCCGGUCCAGAGGUUUGGAGAUGAUCUCAUUAUGCAAGAACUGGGCGUGGAUAGCAUGGCCCUUGUUGAUGUUAACCAGAACAUCUAUGGCAUCGAUCUCCCCAUCGACCGAGCAGGACGCUAUGUAAUCAUCUUCGAGUACUACGGUGGUGGACCUGGCCAGAAUUCUGGUCUCCUUGACGUCUAUGGUUCCCAAGAUACCCAACAAGGAGAACUCAUCUUCAACGAUUGCUCAUUCCUAUGCCGAUCCAUCGUUCUGGAUGAUGAUAACCGUGUCAAAGUCUUUGACAUCCAGGAGGUCAUGCCUUACGCCCAGCUUACCAAGAUCGGAUCACCUUACAUGCUUUCAAUCAGCCGUGUCAUUGCCAUCCCAGUGGAGUCUUUCUCAUAUGACUUUGUUACACCAACCCUUGAAUGUGUCCGUACUGCUGAUGGAGAGUGUCUUCCAUCGACCUACCCCGUACCACCAAACACCAUUCUCCUCGAUGGCGACAUGGAUCCUAACGUACCCCUGCCACCAAACAUCUACAACCCAUCACCGACCGUUAUCUACCUCUCAAAUGAUAAUGAGAACACUGCAUCUUAUGAUGACGAUCUCGUGCCUAACAGUGGAGAGGUUGUCUUUGUCAUUCACUACUACCAACCAAACGGACAGUCCUACGACGCCAACUUCAGGGUCGUCGGCCAGUUUGAUGGUGAAGGUACUUUCAAUGCUAAAUACUGCCCCCAUGUGUCCGGAUGUCGUGUCGUCGUCACCAAACCCGACGGUAGCAACGUCUUCGAACUCAGCGACCUCAGCCAAGGCAUCCAGGUCACGCUGCCGGACGGAGGCGACCGUCAACUCUGGAUCGAUGAUAUCAUGAUCAUCCCUGUUGAGAUGUACACACCCGAUCUCAUCAACGCCAACCCUCAGGACCGAGCAGGAGAGUUCAUCCAGUACUGCAGUGCCAACGACUUCUACUUCAGUCCUGAUUCCUCUGGAUUCUGUCGUGAAGCCGUCUUCUCUCUCUCCUCUGCCUUCAACUACGGUGCCUCAGAGUGUGACUGUGACAGCCAGGGUUCUCUUAGCUUCAACUGUGACGAGCUUGGCGGUCAGUGCCAGUGCCGACAGAACAUCGUUGGGCGUCGUUGCAACAAGUGCGCCGUCGGAUACUACGAUUUCCCCUAUUGCAGAGCCUGUACCUGCCAGUCUGGUGUUUGCAACGAGGUGUCGGGAGAGUGCAUCUGCCCUGAGAACGUAGCCGGAGCCAACUGUGACACCUGCGCACCCCAGACCUAUGGAUACCAUCCUAUUGUCGGAUGUGUGGAUUGUGAGUGUGACAUCCGAGGUGUAGACAAUGAUGACCUCAACUGUGACUUCUUCACCGGACAGUGCAAUUGCAAGCCUAACAUCGGAGGCCGACAGUGUGAACGCUGUGAACGUGGCUACUACGGUUACCCAUAUUGUGAGCCCUGUAAUUGCGAUGUGAAUGGAACCACAGAAGAGAUCUGCGACCAGACCACCGCUCAGUGUCUUUGCAAGGACAAUGUCUACGGUGAUCAGUGCAACCAGUGCGAACCGGGAACGUUCUACCUAGCCGAUUCAAACCCUGAGGGCUGUAUCUCAUGCUUCUGCUUUGGAGUGAGCUCCGACUGCCAAUCCUACACACGAAGACGUGCAAAGAUCGAUAUGGUUGAUGGCUGGACGACCGUGAACUUUGACCCCAGCCAGAUCCAGUAUGGUUCCAACUUUGCGAAUAUCUACGUGAGUGGAACAGGCGACGACCCACAGAGCGCCAUCUACUGGAGUGCUUCGGACAAGUUCAUCGGCAACAAGCUAACAUCCUAUGGAGGCAAACUAGAGUAUACAGUGAGGAACAACCCUCAGCCAGCGAUCGGUAUUGACGGCCCCGCCCAGCCCAUGAGACGUCCAGACAUUCUCAUAUCGGGUAACAACAUCAGUAUCAUGUAUCUUCACAUCAACCAACCAGAGCCUGGCCAGGACCUGUCCGUUUCAGUUGAACUCAAAGAGAACAACUUCCAGUAUAGUAUCAGUGCUGCAGAGGUCUCUAGGAGCGAUUUCAUGACGGUCUUGGCUAACAUCGACUCGCUCCAGAUCAGGGCUCAGUAUUACGAUAGGAUUCUCACCGCAGAUUUGGUUGGUGUCUCCAUGGAUACAACAAAGAGGAACGGAGAUGGCGCCGUGGCCCAGGAGGUAGAGAGGUGUCGAUGCCCACCCCAAUAUCAGGGAUUGUCGUGUGAGCAAUGUGCAGAGGGUCAUUACCGGUUACCCGGCAGUGGUCCUUACCUUGGUCAGUGUGUCCCAUGUAACUGCAACGGUCAUGCCAGUCAAUGUGACCCCAAGACUGGACAGUGUCUGAAUUGCCAACACAACACAGAAGGUGAUCAGUGUGAACGAUGCAAGAACGGUUACUAUGGUGACGCGCCAUCCGGUGAGCCCGAUGCCUGCAAGAUCUGCUCAUGCCCUCAGCCUGUCGAAAACCUCAACUUUGCCCAGACCUGUACCUUUUCACCCGAGGGUGAACAAUUCUGUAUCUGUCAACCAGGACAUACCGGCCAAUACUGUGACCAGUGCGUUGAAGGUUACUAUGGCAACCCUUACCAAGGCCAGGCCUGCCGGCGGUGCGACUGCAGCGGGAACACGGAUCCCAACACCGGCUUGUCGGAGUGCGAUCAGUCCAGCGGUAAUUGCACCAGCUGUAGGGUCGAGACCAAGGGAAGGCGUUGCGAGGAUUGCAACGACUGGUAUUACGGUGAUGCCCGCGCUCAGAACUGCCAAGCUUGUUCUUGUGACCAGUGUGGUAGUGAGUCAUGUGACCACCUCAAUGGUGUCUGCAACUGCAGGCCGAACGUUGUAGGAUACGACUGCGAGCGUUGUGCGGUCGGUUACUGGAACUACCAUAGUUGUAGCGGCUGUCUGGCUUGUGAUUGCGCCGUCGGGGCUAUUGAUAGCCAGUGUGAUAUGGAAACGGGACAGUGUACAUGUAUGCCUGGUGUGGGCGGAGAAAAAUGUGAUGCCUGUCUCCAUGGAUACUGGAACUACGGACCCAAUGGUUGCUAUGAAUGCGGCUGUGACCCCAAGCUUCGCUGUGACCCUAACACUGGUGAAUGCCUGUGCCCUCCAGGUGCCAUGGGAGAGAACUGUGACGAGUGCGAAGACCGCUACAUCCUCACCGAGCAGGGAUGUCAGCCUUGCGACGAGUGCGUCCAUCUUCUACUGGAUAUCGUUGAGGAGAUGGCCGGCGAUCUGGAUGAGGCUGACCGCAACCUGACUGGCAUCACCGUGGGCGUGGUGGCCUUCCAGCGUCUCAACCAACUCAACCAGUCCAUCCAUGAUCUCAUCCCACAAGUGGAUGAAUUGGAGGAGAACAACGACCUUGUCCGCCGUUCACUAGGCAACUUCACGUACCAGAUUGAUGAUCUUAAAUACCAAGCAGGCCAGGUCGAAGAACGGGCAAUGGCGGCAGGAACGAAUGGACUAGAUACUGCCAUAGAUGCUGAUAUCCUCAAGGGACGAGCCCGGCAGAUUGAAGCCGAGGCAAAUGCCACCAUCGACUUCAUCCAUGAUGUUGUUCGGGAGUUGCAAGCCAUCGGAAACGGAACGAUAUCCAGUAACACCAACCUUGGCGAGCUGUUGGCCCGUGCCCAGGAAAUCCUGGAGGAACUCCGGAACAGAGACCUCAAUCCUGGAAAGGAGGCGGCCGAGGAGGAGAAACGACUUGCUCAAGAGCUCCUUGACAGAGCUCGUUCUCUUCAGAACGACUCCCAGGAGGUCGGACAACGAGCGGAUGAGGUUGGUGACGAUGUGGGUGGCUUCAUUGACAAGCUGAAUGAACUCAUGGAACUAUGCAGGCAUUCCGACAACGUGACCGACCAAGUCAAUGCCAUCUUGGACAAGCAUCGUCCCCCCGCUUAUGAGGCUAUCCUCGCCGAGGUGAAUGCUAAGAAUGAGAUGGCCCAAGAUGAAGUCCGGAAUGCAUCCAAUCUCAUCGAUGACGCCGCUGGAUUCCUUGCAGACGCUCGUGCAGCCAUUCAGGCGUCAGAAGUUAAUGGUUCCAAACUCGAGUCUGCUAUCCGGGAACUGGAGGACUUCAUCGACCGCUACGAGGCGGAGGGAGAGGGUCUGCCAGAGCUUGUUCAAAAUGCCACCGACUACGCCAAUGGCCUCUUAGAGUAUGCAAAGGAGCUUAAUAGGACAUUCGACAGUACACGUAACCAGUCUAAGAAUGCUCUAAAAGCUGUGAAUGCCUACCAGGAUAUCGUCAAUGCCAUCGAUGAAGCGGAGAGAGCCGCAAGAGCAGCCCUGAAUGCAUCCGAACUGGCACUCGCCGAAGCAAACAGCUUUGGCACCGAACCUCAAGAUUCCAAGCGUCGCAGCAAGAAACUUCUAAAGAAGGCAGCCGAAGCCGGAGAUGGCAUGGACGCCUCCCUCUUCAACCAGAGUAUGAGUCUCCGGGAUCAGCUGAACGAAGUAGAGCAGGUCGUGGAUACAGUUAAAGAAAACCUGGAUUCUGUAGGAAAUGGAUUGGAAGAGAUCGAGAGAGGACUCCUUGCUAUCCCAUCUGCAACAAGUGAAUGUACCAUUGUCACUGAAUGUGAUCCAGCUGAUAUCGGUUGCCGGCUCGGUUUUUCGGGAGACAACUGCGACAUUGCUAACCUUGGAAAUCUGGCAGAGGGCGCUGCGAAUACCGCCAUGGCUGCUGAAGACAUCGGAAACAAUGCCAAGGAUCGGGCUGAUGACAUCAUUGCCCGUGCCGGGGACGUCAAGGCUAAGCUUGAUGGUCUCGGUGAUACGAUCCAAGAAGCUAACGAUAGGAUGGCAUCCUCACAAAAUUCUCUGGAUGAAAUCAAUCGCAUCUACGGAGAGAUCCCCGACAUCAGAGACCGACUCCGGAUGCAGCACCGUCUCAUGGGCAACAUGACCCUUUCCAUGACCUACGACCUCGCCGAGAUCCAGAAAAAGAUUGCCGAAGCACGUUCACUGGCUAACGGAAUCAAGGUUGCAGCCAAGUUCGGUCCAGACAGCUACGUGGAACUCAAGGCUCCUGCCGAGGUUUCGGAAUCAACGCCAAUCUCCUCGUUCUCCUUUUACUUCACUACGCAAGCCAACGAUGGUCUCCUUUACUACGUUGGGGGUCCUGCUUCAUCGGAUGAUUACCUGGCCCUCACCAUUGAGAAUCGUAACCUUGUCUUCCGCUACAACCUUGGAGAUGAUGAUGCCAUGACCCAGGUAGCUCAGGAUGUCACAGAUGGGAUGUGGCGAUACGUCCUUGUGGAGAGGUAUGGUCGCUAUGCCAAGGUCACUGUCACCACGGAGAGCACCGGCAAGCAGGACGGAGAGUCAUCAAGCAGCGGGGAGUUUACCCUCCUUGAUCUCCAACCCGACUCCAUCAUGUUUAUCGGAGGUGCUCCAGAAAAUGCUCAGUUACCUGGUGUCAUCAGCAACCGUGACUUCGUUGGUGGCAUGGAUGAAUUCCAGUAUGGUGAUACCCCCAUCGGAGUCUGGAACUUUGUCAACGCUAGCUCUGUCAAUGAAGGAAUAAUGAGGAACGUGACGGACCUGGCUGUGACGACCGACCCCGACGAUCCUCCGUCCGCGGUGAUGUUCGACGGGACGGGCUACGCCAUUGUCCCACGUGGAACCAAGGAGAUGGCUGUCGGUAACCGCAUCCAGAUGCAGAUCAAGACGCUCUCCCCCAACGGACUCCUCCUCUUUGCCGGAAAUGAGGGAGAGACUUUCUUUGUGGAGAUGCGUGGCGGUCGUAUCUACUACGAAUACGACCUUGGAUCUGGUCCCGUUUCUCAGAGGUCCAAGAAUAUGUACAAUAACAACAAGUGGACCACCAUCAACCUCUUCCGUGCCGGCCAGGCCACCCAACUCUUCACCAUCUCCCAGGAAGCAAUUACGGAGGACUUUGCUUCAUUCUCUUCACCCGGAUCAGAGACUGAGCUGGCCACCAAUGAUCUCAUCUACAUUGGUGGAUUGGUUGCCAUUCCAGAUGGCCAGUUCCCAACUGUCACCCGAGAGCGUUUCCGUGGCUGCAUGGCAAACCUGGUCAUCAGCUCCCAGAAUGUCGACCUGACCGCUGCCGAUGUCCAAACGGCCGGAUUCUUCCCUGCUUGCAUCCGCCAGGACAUCCGUGUUGCCACGUACCCCCGUCCCAGCGGAGGUUACACCGAGCUGGCCAUGGUGGAUGGCCUCGACCUGAUGAGAGACGGCGACUUCAUCCUGAGAUUCCGCACCGAGGAGCCUGAUGGUCUCAUGCUCUACACUGCUGAUGACACUCAGAGCUCCUCCGUUGCGAUCAUGAUGAGUAACGGCGCUGUCCUUGUCGUCGCCCAUAAAGACGGCAGCACUGCAGAGCUCCUGACCCCCGAGAAUGCGUACAGUGACGGAAUGUGGCACACCAUUAACGUACGUCGCCCAGCAAGAAGAGCUAAUCGAGAACCAGAGGAUGAACUCUCCCUGUCGGUCGAUGAUAACGAUCCAGUGUUAGAAGCCUUUAAUAGCCGUGGUAUGAAGACAGCUGGCAUGCUCUUUGUUGGUGGUGUUCCUGAGGGAUACGACUUGGGACCUAUUACUGUUCCACCCGCAGCCAAUGCACCUUUCAUCGGAUGUCUUGCAGAUAUAUCCAGCAAAUAUGACAAAAUCACCUUUGCCAACCGUAUGAGAGACUUCAAUGCUUUCUACGGCUUCUGCGAUCCGUUGCUAUCGAGCAACGCCACGGAAGAAGAAGUAACCCUCACCUCCCCUGCCCCCACCGAUGCUGCCUCGACCGAAGGAGCGUCGACUCCGCCGUCCAUGCGCAACGACGGGCCUUGCGUCCUGUCGUCCAACCCGGAGGAAGCGCCUGAAGACCCAUCGAACGAGGGCGCCGUCCAGUUUGGCGUCCUGGCCGACAGUCACGUGGCGUUCCCCAGACAAAUUACGAAACAAUACAAAAAUGAGUACAACAUUUCCGUUGCUGUGCGAACCGGUGCCCGCAACGGUCUCAUGUACUACGCUGCAGACGAUUCCCAGAUUGAUAUCUUGACGCUGUUCUUGUAUGAGGGUCGUCCCGUUAUGGUCUUUAAUCUUGGAUCGGGGAAUCUGAGACUAGAGCCCGAGGACGGUCGCACAAUCAACGAUGCCCAGUGGCAUACGAUCAGAACAUAUCGUAAGAGGACAGAGGGCGAGCUGUACAUCGAUGGAGAGUUGGUCGCGAGCGGCAACAGUGGUCCAGGUGCUCGUCUUCUGCAAACCACAUCCCCUUUCUACUGGGGCGGCCUGAACAGGACGCUUACGAUCAGUAACAACGAUGUCAAUGAAGCCAGCCAGAUCGGCCUGCUUGGAUGCAUGAAAGAUUUAGCCAACAACGGAGUUCCUUUUGGGAAUCCUAGCAGCGAGUACGAGAUCCAGGCUUGCUCUCAACUCAUUGAACCGGGUGUUUACUUUGGUCCCGGCAAGGGAUACGUCAUCCCUGAUGAGACCUUUGGGGUCAACCAAAGGAUGGAGGUGCGUAUGUCCAUCAAGCCCCGUGUCAAGUCAGGGGUCAUCUUCUCUGUGGCCAAACCUCAGAUGGACUUUGCUUCCCUCGAGCUCAUCGAUGGACAGCUGUUCUUCAGGGUUCAGAACGGUGCAGGUGUCAUUGAAGCGACCUACAUGCCCCCAGAAGGCUCUGCGUUCCUCUGUGAUGGCAACUGGCACGACCUACUAGUGACCAAAGAGGGCUCUGUCCUGCAAAUCACUGUUGACGGAGACGAGGGUGAGGUCGUGACCGGUCCGAGCGGAGCUACCGCUGCCAACACCAAUAAUCCUCUGUACUUUGGAGGAUUGCCAGAUGGUGAGGAGGGUAACCAUCCCGGCAUCCAGGUCAACGCCCACUACGUCGGCUGCAUGCGUGACAUCAUGGUCAACGAUGACCUCAUCAACAUGUCCGCCGGCCUCUUCGAAGGCGACGUCGAUACACGCUCCUGCGCCGCCAACUGAGUGCAUCGAUGACCACACGAUCAAGCCCCCAAAUGCGAAUGUGCAUUUGUUACUCCUAAACUACAUACCAAGACUUUACACAACAUUCAAUGUGACUGGGAUGAGUUCAUAUCUCCUUUCCUUAUGCCUUCCGUUCUCUCAUCAAUUUUAAAAAUGUUUAAUUUUUGAGAUAGCACAAGUUUUAUUAAGUAUUAACUGUCCAAUUUAUGACGACUGACGCACAUUGUAAGGGAUUAUGAAUGAAUUAUUGUCUUUUAAUGUCUGCAAUUAAUGUGUUCUGUUUUAUCGCUGUGCUCUCAUCAAAUUUUUAAAAUCCAAUGGUUUUAAUAUUGCAAGACUUUUAAAGUAAUAAUUGUCUUAUUUAAAUAAGGAUUAUGGCUUGCUAUGAAGAAUUUUAAAAGAAUUG